AUGUACGGUUUGCGGUUAUAUGGAUAUGAUGUGUAUUUGAUAUUUGGUGUAUUUGAUGUACUAUGGGGUCGUUUGGUAGCAGCAGUAGCAGCCACGUCGGCAUCAGCAGGAGAUGACAAACCACAAACUCUAAUCCAUCCAUGCGUUAAAAUAAUGAAUAUCACUGGUUUUGAUACUGAACGGUAUAAGACAGUCAAGGGUGAAUAUACACCACUCGGUUGCUAUGGUGAAUUGCGCAUCAAUUAUUGUAUCACACGAGAUAUUCCCUUCUUAUCAAAUUCAUUCAUUACAAACUGGUCUCAAACACAAAUCAAUCUUGAUAGAAAGUUAUUUAAUGAAGCCUUUGAGUUACCUCUACCUUACAGUGCAUUAUAUGAUUAUAAUGGGAUUUGUUUUGUUCUGUCAUCUACAUAUACAGAUAAAAAAGGUAUGCAUGAACAAUUGAUAGCUGGGGCAAAUAUGAAACUGUAUAAUUCUAAAAAAGUAUUUAGACAAGGAAUAUAUGAAAUUGAACUGCAUCCUCUGGAACCAUUGCAUGUUUAUCGAUUGGAAGAUGUUGAAAAGUUAGUAAGAGAUCCCACUUUCGAUGCAAAACCUUCAAAUAUGGAUAGCAUGAAUCAACUUCUUAAGACAAAUCGUAAACAUCUUCGCAAUGAAUUACUGGAGACACCGUUGGAUCGACAUUGUAUGCCAGAUGUGGAACAUGCAGUUGAUGAAGCUAAACGUGCAAGUGGACGUUUAUUUCUAAGUGUGAAAUUUGAAUUCUCACGAAAUUAUCCAAAUAUCUGCAUGCCUGUGAUAUUUCAACGCCCAAUUAUCCCGGAGCAGUUAGAAUUACGAAUUGAUCGAUGGAAUCCAGUAGAUGAAAAAUACUUUAAAAUGACUCGUAAUGCUCGAACAGCUGAUGUGGAUCGUGCUCGUAAACCUAAUAAGGACACAUUGGAUAGACUGAAAGUUAUCCUUGACUUACCACCAGGAUUAAAUAUAUCUGAGUCAGACGGCGAUCUUAUCUGGAAGUAUCGAUUUUAUUUAGCAGAUAAAUUUCCGGAAACUUCUCUUGCCAAAUUCAUUCUAUCUGUACGUUGGGAAUAUUCAGAGCAGGUGAAUCAAGCUGUUGAAUUGUUAAAACAAUGGCCUACAAUAGCUCCUGGACAUGUUCUAGAGUUGUUUACUCGUCAAUUUCUUCAUCCAGCUGGUAGAAGAUUUGCUGUAUUUCGUUUAGAAGCUGCCAGUGAUGAGGAGCUUAUUCUUUACCUAUAUCAACUUGUACAAGCACUGCGUUACGAGAAUUGGCAUGAUAUAUUCUCGGUACAACCUGAAGGUAAUGCGCAGUCGACAAAGCCUACUAAUUCAAUUAUUGUAAAAGAUGAGAAUUCUGAGGAAACGAACCUAUCAAGUGUAAAAUCUAGUCGUAAAAAAUCCACUUCUUUUCGUGGUGGACAAGGUGGUAGAUCAUCAUCAACAACAGCACCAACAUCAAUAACGUCAACAUCAGCAUCGCAAAAUUUUGAAAGAAAUCGUGAAGAUCUGUCCGGAUGGCAUUCAGACUUGAAACGUGAAUGGAAAGAAGAUUUAGCCACUUUUCUCAUAAGACGUGCUCAAUUGAAUUUUCGUAUUGCGAAUUAUCUUUAUUGGUAUUUACGUUUGGAAACGAAUAGCAAUCAUGGGGAUGGCGAUGAAGGUGGGACAAUGAAUUCACCAGAUACUCAAAAAAUGUAUAAACAUGUAUUGAAUAAGCUUCUGCACGCUUUUGAUGCUGGUGGUCCUACAGGUCAAAAAUGGAAUAUAGAGCUAUUGCAACAGACUCAGUUCAUUCACGAUUUAUGCCAACUACUGAAAUCAGUUACCAGUGAUAUGGGUAAUCGUUCACGUAAAAUUGAAUUAUUAAGAUCAAAAUUAGAAAGCGCAGAAUAUGCACAUCUUAGACAUAUUGAAAAACCAUUUCCAUUCCCGUUAAAUCCUGAUAUUAUUAUAUGUGGUGUACAAUCUUCUACAGCUACACUUUUCAAGAGUUUUCAAAAACCUGCACUACUUACCUUCAUUCACCGAAUGGAGAUACAUAUAGAGCUAUUUUAA